UGCGUCCUCCUCCGGUCUCCUCCCACUGGAGGACCAGCUGUAGACCGUGAACCGUGCAGUGCGGGUCUGACACGGAUUACCUGGAUACCGGCUUGAAGUCUGGGUGGGCAUCGAGCAGCGAGAGACACAAAGCAGCUCUUUCUUUUUAACUGAAAUAAGUUUCUUUUUAAAUGGAAUCAUUUCUGAGGACAUCAACCAUGGCGAGCAGACUUCUUCUUCCCACUCUGCAUUUAUUACUGAUCCUGGAGUCGAGCUGGGCUCAAAUCCUCUCUGAGGAUGUUGGUGAAGCUGUGCGUCAGGGUACCGAGGUCCCAUCACCGGCUGUGGAGCAGCGCGUCUUUACGCACGAGAGCGCCAACCGGGACAUGGUCUCCAUCAACAUGUUCAAAGUGUUCGAGAGGUACAGCAAAGAGCCGCAGAGCCAGAGGGACGGAAACACAGUGAGGAGCUUUAAAGCUGUCCACAGAGUCUUGCACGGCAAAGACGUGUUCCAGUUCAACCUGUCCUCCAUCCAAGAAUCAGAGCUCAUCCUCCUCGCCUCUUUCCAUUUCCUCCACAAGCGGCCCCGCCACCACCAGCGACCGUGGCGUUUCCGAAGGCCUCGCCACCAAUCCGUAGGCCUCCAGCAUCCCAAUCCUCCCUCCCCGCAGCUGCUCUUCCACGGAUCGUCCUUAAACUCAGCUUUAGGAAACAUAACUCUGGCUCCGUUCAAGAAAGGCUCUUGGCAAACGGGGGAUGUAACGGCGGUGGUGAAACACGCCAUGGACGUUAAAGAGCUUGUGGUCACGGUGGAGUUCGAUAUGGGGUUCGGGGCGGCUCGGGGGCAGCAGAGGAGCCCUCACGGCGGCCAAGAGCGUCUCUCUCCGGCCAACCUGCCGUAUAUCCUGCUGUACGCUGAUGAUCGAGCUAUAGAUGAGCCGAACAGCGUGGCCACGUCGCUCCAGAGGUACGGGCCCUUCCCCGUAGCGGAGGAUGCCUCCGCUUCAGCCUCAAGGAUCCGGAGGGAGCUUCAUCUCCAGAUCCAAACCAACGACAUCCCGGAGGUCCAGUACAACACCUUGAAGAAUCACGAACUGUGGCAGAACACGUAUUUCCCAGCAAAAGCCAAAGCAGUAGUGAAACCAGGAAGAAAGCAGGGUCAGGAGAGCAGUGAGGGCCUGGGGAAGCCGCAGGUGCUGAGCUUCGACGAGAGGACGAUGAAAAAGGCCAGGAGGAGACAGUGGAGCGAGCCCAGGGUGUGCUCCAGGCGCUACCUCAGGGUGGACUUCGCCGACAUCGGUUGGAGCGAGUGGGUUUUGGCACCAAAGUCGUUUGAUGCCUACUACUGUGCCGGGGCCUGUGGAUUCCCCAUCCCUAAAGUAGUGCGUCCUUCCAAUCACGCCACUAUCCAGAGCAUCGUCAGAGCGGUGGGAAUUGUCCCCGGCGUCCCCGAGCCGUGCUGCGUUCCGGAGAAGAUGAGUCCACUCAGCGUUCUUUUCCUGGAUACAAACAGGAAUAUGGUGCUGAAGGUUUACCCCGGCAUGUCUGUGGAUACCUGUGCCUGUCGGUAGGGCCCGAAGAAGAUCAAUGUAGACUCAGCAUCUAUCAGGAGGGCAUUUCCAUAUGGAAGAGGACAGCAGGGAUGAAGAUACGGCUUGCAGGGCUCUCGUUCUUGAGUCUCAGUUCGAGAACUCUUUUUUGUGAAUCCUGGACUCUGUCAUGAUCGGACGUUGACUCAACUUUUUCCUGCUUAUCUAACAAUUUCCAUAGAUGUGUUUUUUUCUCCACCCAGGCCACCUUCAUUUUCUUUUUCCUCCCUUCAUCCAAAGCAGCUUAAAGAAGUGCACUUAAUACAAACCUGUGUAACGUAAUGUAGACCGGCUGGAUGUUGAAGCUAAGUACAAAACACCUGCGGGUAGAUCUUCAUCUCUGUUGAUGCUUCAUAAACUUUUCAGCACAAUUUCACUUUUAUAAAGUGCCUGUUUUAAUAUUAGACAAGAUGAGACUUGAUUUUCUCUGGUCUUAGACUGGACUCAGACCUGUUUUUUUGGAAAUGUUUCCAACUUAGCUCAACAUCUGGGUUUCAACAGUUUCUGAAACCUUCUGACAUCAGCUGCUGCUUGCCUCCGUCAUUAGGCUUCAACUGGACACACUGAUGAACUGCACACAGACUGGGGACGGUCUCCAUGGCAGCACAUUCAGAUCCUACCCAAUCAUCCAACCCUCAUCAUGUAAAUACCGUAGUUACUAAUGCAAACUAAAUGGUACUUAUUCUUAAGCGAUGUGUCACAUUGUUGCCAUUGAACGCCGCCCAUAUAUUAUGCAUGAGAGGUAAUAUCUUCUCUGAAAUAUAUUUCAAUAGCCAUUUGUUUAUAUAAUGUAUAUAAUGAGUGUGUUUUGACACCUACUGAGAUUUAAUGUACUACAAGCCUUGUGUUGCUUGCUUCUGCUGCAGCUGAGAGGGAAAAAAAUGGUACGUUGCUGCCACCUGCUGGGCAUUUUGGGGAGGUUGAAGAGACUAAAACAUUUUAAAGGAGAGCUACUUCGUGUGGCUAUUCAGUAUUUCCCUUUAACACAUAAAUACUGUUUAUCAGUGAUGACAUGUAAUAAUAGUAGAUUUCCAUGGUAAGUAAAAAAGGGAUAAAUGUAUCUGACCUUAUAACUGUACGGCUCGAAGUGUAUUUGAAUAGUUAUAUGAUGUGUGCUUUAACGAAUCAUAGACAAAAUCUAUGUUUGGUAAGGAAAUAAACUUGUACAUACGGUAAAAGACA